AUGUCCCUGGCCGAGGCCAUCAGCCUCUGGAAUGAAGGGGUGCUGGCAGCCGACAAGAAGGACUGGAAGGGAGCCCUGGACGCCUUCACCGGGGUACAGGACCCCCACUCCAGGAUCUGCUUCAAUGUGGGCUGCAUACACACGAUUUUGGGGAACCUGCUGGAGGCGGAGAAGGCCUUCACCAAAAGCAUAAACCGAGACAAGCACUUGGCGGUGUCCUACUUCCAACGAGGGAUGCUCUAUUACCAGAUGGAGAAAUACGAUUCCGCCAUUAAAGACCUUAAGGAGGCCUUGACUCAGCUUCGAGGGAACCAGCUGAUCGACUACAAGAUCCUGGGGCUACAGUUCAAGCUGUUUGCCUGUGAGGUGUUAUAUAACAUUGCUUUCAUGUACGCCAAGAGAGAGGAAUGGAGAAAGGCUGAAGAACAUUUAGCGUUGGCUAUGAGCAUGAAGUCUGAGCCGAGACAUUCCAAAAUUGACAGAGCCAUGGAAAGCGUUUGGAAACAGAAGCUCUAUGAGCCGGUGGUGAUCCCUGUGGGCAGGCUAUUUCGGCCGAACGAGAGGCAAGUGGCUCAGCUGGUCAAGAAGGAUUACCUAGGCAAGGCCACGGUCGUGGCGUCUGUGGUAGACCAGGACAGCUUCUCAGGCUUUGCGCCCCUGCAGCCACAGGCAGCUGAGCCUCCACCCAGGCCGAAAACCCCAGAGAUCUUCAGGGCCCUGGAAGGGGAAGCCCACCGUGUGUUGUUUGGGUUUGUGCCUGAGACACCAGAGGAGCUACAGGUCAUGCCAGGGAACAUCGUCUUUGUCUUGAAGAAGGGCAAUGAUAACUGGGCUACGGUCAUGUUCAAUGGGCAGAAGGGGCUCGUUCCCUGCAACUAUCUCGAACCAGUUGAGUUGCGGAUCCAUCCUCAGCAGCAGCCCCAGGAAGAAACCUCCCCGGAGCCUGAUAUCCCAGCUCCCCCAAGUUCCAGUGCUCCUGGAAGACCCCAGUUGUCACCAGGUCAGAAAGGAAAAGAAGAGCCCAAGGAAGUCAAGCUCAGUGUCCCCGCGUCCUACACACUCAAGGUGCAUUACAAGUACACGGUGGUCAUGGAGACUCAGUUCAGGCUCCCCUACAGCCAGGUCCGGGACAUGGUGGCUAAGAAGCUGGAUCUCCUGCCGGAACACAUGAAGCUGAGCUACCGUUCUCGGGACAGCAAUGAGCUGGCGCCCCUUUCAGAAUUCAGCAUGAAGGAUGCCUGGGACCAAGUGAAAAACUACUGCCUGACGCUGUGGUGUGAGAACACCGUGGGUGACCAGGGCUUUCCAGAAGAACCCGAAGAAAGCAAAAAACCUGAUGCUAAUAACCAGACAACAGAACCUGAGCUUAAGGAAGGGAGCAAAGUGGUAGCUCUCUUCAGUUACGAGGCUACCCAGCCAGAAGACCUGGAGUUCCUGGAAGGGGACGUAAUCCUGGUGAUAUCAACGGUGAAUGAAGAAUGGCUGGAAGGGGAGUGCAAAGGGAAGGUUGGCAUUUUCCCCAAAGCUUUUGUUGAACAACAUGCAACUACAGACUUGGAAAGCACGUCCUGA